UGGCGCCCUCUCGCGCCGUGCUGGCGGUCCAAGAAGGCAACGCCCGGAAGCUACCUCCUUCCUAUUUUAUCCUCUCCACCCCAACUACAAAAGCCCCACCCGACGACCAACUUCCUCUCGACCCCCCGUGCCCCUCCCUGGCCUUCCCUUCCAAACCCAGAUCGCGGUUCUCGUAAGUCCGAAAAAGGAUAUGUGUAGCGGCCCCAGGAAGCCCUUACCGCCUCCGUCUCCCCCCACCGGCCCAGCCGCCAUGGGCGCCGGCGGCGACCCCGAGAAGCUGCCGGCCGUGGCUUCCCUCGCCUCUCUCCUCCUCGAGCUCUCAGCCUCCGACGACCUCCCCGCCUUCAAGCGCGCCGUCGAGGACGACGGCCUCCCCCUCGACAGCCCAGCCCCCUGGUACUGCCGCUCCCCCGGCCGGCGGACCAUGGGCUUCGAGCAGCGCACCCCGCUUAUGAUCGCCGCCCUCUACGGCAGCCCCGCCGUGCUCGCCUACAUACUCUCCAUCCGCCCUGCCGAGGCCUCCCGCUGCUCUCCCUCCGACGGCACCACCCCCCUCCACUGCGCCGCCUCCGGCGGCUCCCCUUCGUCCCUUGGAAUCGUCAAGAUGCUCGUCGACGCCGCCGCCGACGUCGACGCCCCCGACGCUGCCGGGAACCGCCCCGGCGACGUCAUCGCCCGCCAGUUCUCCGCCUCGACCGCCCGUUCCCUCGAAGUCGUCCUCAAAGCCUCUUGCCCUGGGGUUUCAUCCCCCGGAGGAGCAAAAGAAGAGGAGACGAAGUCCGGCGAGAAGAAAUACCCUCUGGACAUCACCCUCCCCGAUAUCAAUAACGGGAUCUACGGCACGGACGAGUUCCGGAUGUACACCUUCAAGGUCAAACCUUGCUCCAGGGCCUACUCCCACGACUGGACGGAGUGCCCGUUCGUCCACCCGGGGGAGAACGCCCGGCGCCGCGACCCCCGGAAGUACCUCUACAGCUGCGUCCCCUGUCCGGAGUUCCGGAAGGGGUCGUGCCGGAAGGGGGACGCCUGCGAGUACGCCCACGGGGUAUUCGAGAGCUGGCUCCACCCGGCCCAAUACCGGACCCGCCUAUGCAAGGACGAGACCGGCUGCAACCGCCGCGUCUGCUUCUUCGCCCACAAGCCCGAGGAGCUCCGCUCGGUCAACCCUUCUGCCGCCUCCGUCGCCGGGAUGAUGCUCUCCUCCCCAAAGUCGUCGUCACCGGGGCUGUCGUCGUUGGAUAUGGCGACAGCUUUGAUGAUGAUGCAGCAGACAGGGUCGGCCAUGUCGCCGUCGGCUUCGUCGGGUUUGGGCGCGGCGACAGGCUGGAUGAACCAGCCGGGCAGCUUGGCGACUCCGCCCUCCUUGCAGCUGCCGAGCAGCAGGCUGAAGGCACCGCUAAGCGCCAGGGAUUUGAGUUUCGACCUGGAUUUGCUCGGGCUUGAAGGGUACCGGCAGAAUCUGAUCGAUGAGUUCUCGAGCACCGCCUCGCCUCGGGCCAACUGGACCCCGAACUCCCUGUCCGCCGUCGCCGCCGCCUCUCGGGCAUCAGAUAUUAACGAGCUAUUUGGUUCUCUUGAUCCAUCCGUGCUGUCUCAGUUGCAGGGGCUUCCUCCGAAAAAGACGGCAACCGCCUCAUCCUCGGCCGGAGCUCAAUUCCAGUCACCCACUGGAGUCCGGUCUCAAUUGCUUUCUGGCUACGGAGGCAACUUGCCUUCUUCUCCAACCGUGAGUGCGACUUCAUCGUUUGGGCUCGACCACUCGAUGGCAAAGGCCAUCAUGAGCUCGAGGGCCUCAGCGUUUGCAAAGCGGAGCCAGAGCUUCAUUGACCGCGGAGCGACGGCAGGUCGCCAGUCGACCCUCUCUUCAAUGACUACCGCUGCAGCGGCGGCUGCAUCAUUUUCCGACUGGGGCUCGCCGGACGGGAAGCUGGACUGGGGAGUUCAAGGGGAGGAGCUGAACAAGCUGAGAAAGUCGGCAUCUUUAAACUUCCGAACCAAUCAGGCUGGAAGUGGCUUUGGAGGGGCAGCCCCGGCGUCAGCCGCAGUGCCGGGGGGUAUGGAUGAGCCCGACCUUUCCUGGGUGCAGUCUCUGGUGAAGGACGGACCAGCGGCACCGAUGGGCCGGCAUGGCCUGGAACAGCAGCAGAAGAGGUACCAACUCAACGCUGCUGGAGGCGACUUCCAUGGUUCAGAGCUCCCCUCUUCUUGGGAGGGGAAGAUUAUGGCCUAAAGGCCAUCAUCAACCAAUACCUAUCAUUGAUCUGACAAGUUAAUUUCUUCCUUGGUUUCUUAUAUUCUUUGAAUCAGUUAUAGUUUUAGCACUGGCCAUUUCCUCGAGAAGAAAACAUGCCCGAAGGGUAUCUGAGCUUAUUAGAGACGACAGUACAAACGUUCUUUCAUUCAUAUAUAGCUUGAGAGGAAGAAUAUACUGAUAGAAGAUGGCUCACCAGAGUUCCCAAUAUUAUGAAGAAGAGAAUAAGAAGACUUGUAGAAGCUUCUUUUUUCCUUUUUUUUUUUUUUUUGUUUUGGUAAAGGCUUCUGCUAAUGGACCAUCGAAUCAUGUUAACCCCCUGCGUCCUGUAUUUAUUUGUUUGGCUGAGCGGCCUUUCUUUGGGCAAGGGUUUGUAUGUGUAUAGAUAUAUCGAGCAGCUUAUACUCUUGCAAUGUUGAUACUUUGUUUCAGCGUAUACAUUGUUUGCCAUUUGCCCUUUCUUCA